GUAUAACCAAAAUUGUGGCGGAAGUAGUUAAAACCCAAAAUGCAUUUCCCAGAAAUCGUGCAGUUUUCAAGCAAAAUCCCACUAAAGUUGAAACAUUAUUUGUUAUCGAUUCACGCGUCUCUUCUGGUACAAUAUCGCGUAAGGCUGCUAAUCGUUCUGUAAGAGAUUCAGGUUCUUCAGAAGAACCCGAGUCAAAAGAACUAGUUGAAUCGUUAUCGUUAUCGUCUGAAGGUUCAGACAAAUCGUCUUCAUGGUCUUCAGUGCACAAGUUUUUACCACUUUAUGUCAUUCCAAUGGAAGUAACCAUUAAUAAAGACGACACUACAGAAAAUGCUGAAGCCAGUAAUGCUACAGAGUUAGCCGAGAGUAUUAGCACGUUAGAAAUCCAGCAGACUUCGACAGCGUCAAAACACCAAAAUCGUGAACCUGUUGAAAAGAAUGAACCCAAAAUACCAGAGAAACAACCCGAAAUUCGACUUGAUAUUCCUUUGACGAGUCGAUAUAACAACAUAGUAUACUUUCCUGAUCUAUUAAAGGAAGCUGGCUUUACAAUUGCAAAAACACCUCCGCGUUAUAUAUCAGGCUCAGAAUCACCGGGUUCAGAAUCACCGCAAUCAGAUUGGUCAGAUUUCGAAACUCCAGACGAUUUUCGAACGCCAACACCCCCAACAGCAAUUGAUUUGCCACGUACUUUUCGUGAUGAAAGCGAUGAAUUCUUUGAAAGAAUCUUGGAGAACGCGGAAAAAUAUGCUGCGGGUGAAGAGGAAAAAACUCGUAAAAAAAAAAGACGAAUUAUAAAGAAGGAACAACAAUACGAUGUGAAUGAUCCAUUCAUAGAUGAUAGCGAAUUGGCUCCAUUACAGCGUGAUUACGGGAAAGUACGUCCACAAAUCGAAGGGUUUUUUGUAUGGAAUGGACCAUUGGUUUUAGAAAGAUUGGUUGAUGAAGAUGAACCAACGCCUAAGAAGAAAGCAUCUGCAAAACGUAAGCAAAAAUCCUCUGAAGCCGAUGGUACACCAAAAGUUAGGAAGGCACGUACUGUCAAAAAAGCAGAAGGUGGUAGUGAUGGAAAAGGCAAGGCAGCUGCACCAAAGAAGAGAGUAUCAAAGAAGUCGAAAACUGCUGGUGAUAUCAACCAAGAAUCGUCAUCUGUGAAUGGAGGAGCCCACAAUGAAAUCAAUUCCUUGAAUAAUUUACAUGUUAUUGAUCCUAGUUCAAAUACACAGAAUAUGGAUGUUUCCACUGUAGGUGCGAGCAGUAAUAAUCAUACAUCAGCGCAUCAACGAGAUCCAUCAGAUCCUAAUAAACCUCCGGGAAAAAGGAAAAAAGUUUAUCCAGUGGAUCCUGUUCAUCCAGAUGUUCAAUAUCUUUUAGAUCUUUUCAAACAACAAGUAGACAAAGAGUUACAAAAAAAAAAGUUAGAAUUAAUUGAUCGUUUAAAAAUUGCAAUAGAUGAAAUCAUGCCCUCUUUAUUACAAGAAUUCGAUGAACGAAAUGCAUCUUUUUCUUCUUCAUCAUCAGUACCAGUUAACGGUGAUAACAAUAUUGAAAUAGACUCCA